AUGGCUGGGCCUGAUCAACCAAUUGGGCUUGGGUUUCUGGCUCAUUGUGGGCCUAUGGUUUGGUUUCUGGCAUUCUGCGACUGCAAAAUCAUAGGCUCCCCUGCGAAGCUUCAUUCGACCUCUCUCAAGAGCCCUAAUAUCUCUCGCCUCGACUUCCACAGCGUCGUCUUCAUCUUUGUUGGGCGUCUCCCCAUCUCCAAAACCCGAGUCUCGCUUCCCUCUCUGUUUCUUGCUUCACCGCCAAUCUCCAUGGAAUCUGUUCGCCCACCAUUUGCACGGCUUGACGGACACUCGAUUCCCAAAGCGAUGAACCAAACUGCGAAUGUUAAUUGGGUUAACCUCGCAGGGCCAUAUGCUUGGGUGAAAUAUGUUCCGGGGGAGCCAAUCCUCCCUAACAAUCCAAAUGAAGGAAGUGUGAAGAGAAGGAAUGAGAAGAAGCGCAUGAGGCAGCGCUGCGAAUUUAUAAAGGGAGAGGCAAAAAAGAGGAAAGCGCAAUUGCAAGAAGCUAACAGGAAGAAGAGAAACAAGAGGGUAGAACGUAAGAUGGCAGCAGUGGCAAGGGAGAGAGCAUGGACCGAGAGACUGGCUGAGCUGCAGCUGCUCGAAGUAGAGAAUGGUGGCAUAGUUUGUUCUGCCAGGCCACAUUUGCAUAUGAUAAUGCUUCUGAACUUUAAACUUGGUUCCCGUAAGAUCAGUGUCUACUUUUCCUGCUAAUAUGUAGGUCAGGAGAGCCACUGUUUGUUUUACCGACAUUGAGCCUUCCUAAUAUUUUGUGAAACGAAAGGCACAGCGAUUGAUUUGUGCACUUGAGAAGUCUUCUUACCAUUUGUUUGCUA